AUGCAUCUCAAUGCAUCGAUCAAAUUUUUGGCGGGCGCGGGUUCCGCGCGGAUGCAAAGCGCUGGCGCAACCAACACUUUUGUUUCGCAAACCACAGCGGUGAUGCUCGUGGCGAAAUAUGAGCCUUCGAUGAAGGUCGACGACGCAAUCGUGGGCCGAAACCGGCGAAGAACUAACUCAGUGUAUUGGAAGAGGCUGAUCUACCGCGAGGAUCUAUCCUCAGCUGCGAUAGACAAGCAGUAUAUCUCUCAAUUCUCUUCAGAGACUGCGUUCAUUGUAGACGACAUGCCACUCCAGUCGCGCGACGAUUCUACUCAGAUCAACGUCUUCUCCCUGGGCAACGACACCAGGUUGAUGGCCGAGACAAGGCUUUUUGAGGUCUAUUUAUACAGACAACAGCAACAGACCGAGUGCAACAGGAGUCCUAAAAGUUUCCAAUAUUCAUUACCGGAGACAACAUGGAAAUCAAUCGAUGAUCACGCUCCCGAAGGAAGUAGAUUUCGAGUCUACCGCGUUAACCACUCCGCCACCGUGCCACCUGGAUCUACAUCGGCAGAAAUCCGGCAGGGUAUGCCGGGUCUGUGCCCAAUCACUCAACCGCUUCAACAUCCAUACAUCAACCUUCAACUUCACAUCUCCGUUGGAGCUUCGCCUCAUCAAAGUAUCGAGUGUCGCAACCGGAGCUCCAGGUCCAUGUUUCACCCAGUCACAGGACAGAUGUCUGCUGCAGACAGUGGAUUCCAUGGCGUCCAGACAGCCAUCCGCCUGCGUUUUCGAGAUAUGACAAGAAUUCCCAGUACGCACAAUUUGGCACUGCCGUUGAUACUACUCAGCUACUACACGGAUUCUGGUUGCCAAAUACCGUCGACUAACACCAUCGACCAUGGCGAUGCAAGCGCAUCAUGUCCGCGCUUUGCAAUUUUCGUCUGCGCCGACUUGAUUUACGUGCCGGUGAUCGUCGCUCAGGGUCCAACGGGUCUUGAAAUGUGGUGGGCAGACAUGCUCACUGGCGCGAAGAGGAACCGCAGAUCGCUCGGGCACUUGCAGAAUGCCCGCCCCCGCAAGCCCCAGUCCGGCUUGGAUCGCCGUAAAGCCUCGCCGCAGUGCUGCGACGAGAAUUGGUUUGUGCAGUAUCGACAUCCAAGGAACGCCGCAUGCGAGCUACAAUUGACCUGGGAUCACGGCACGGCUCUAGCCAAGGAAACGCAAACCCCUGGAGACUUGGUGAACCCAACCCGGGAGGUCUUGUAUCCCUAUGAGGCCGAACAAGAGAAACUACAAGGGAGCCGGGGAGGCCGUUGA